AUGAACAUUUUCGCAGAAUCUAAUCCCCAUUGCUUCACCGCUCAACCCCAAAGGUCAUUCUUGGAAAAUGAUAAUGCUAUCGUUUUCACGGAUGAAGACAUGGAGGUCCCAUAUCCAGAUCACAUGAGGCCACUCUAUUUGGAGGGACAAAUCAACGAUGUGUUUAUAAGAAGGGCUUUGGUAGACACGGGUUCCUCUAUCAACAUAUUACCCUUGUCCGUGCUUACAGCAACUGGCAUUCCAUUAUCCAAAAUUGUUCAAUCACAAACAAGCAUCAGUGGUUUCAGAAACAAGAGUGAAGUCACAAUUGGGCACAUGCACUUCUAUGUCGUAGAUGUGGAUGUGGCUUAUCAUGCUUUGCUUGGGAGACCAUGGCUUAAUAAACAUAAGCUUGUGGUCUCUACUUACCAUCAGUGCGUGAAAGGAAGGAUUGGGCUAAGGCCGCUACGAAUACCAGGAAAUCAAGCACCGUUCAACAAAAACGAAGCUCACAACUCUGAGGCAGAGUUUUACACCGAAUGCACAGGUGCCGGAAGCAACCCGUCCAAGGAUUUCGGGACUUAUCUUCCUUCGUGGACUGAAAUUCGUGAUCUAAGCAAUGAGGAGCUCAUCACCAUUGUCGAUCGAGAAAGAAAGAGACACUCGGAGGUCAACAAUCAUGCCUAUGAUCAUCCCCAAUGCUCGAAAGUGACGCUGCCCGAUGGGCACUGUGUACCGCUUAUGACGGGAUUGGGGACUCGACUGGAAAGCCCCGAGUAUGGAGGAGAAGCAAUGCAAGCUGGCAGCCACAAGGAUCCAGAUAACAAGGCACCUCUGCCUUGUACCUUUCAGGAACCAAUGAUAGCGCCCAAGCACAUGCAAGAUGGUUCAAUGGCGGUAGCCGAGCAAUUGGAAACAAUCAACUUGAGUGAUGAUCCCUUGGUCUAG